GAAUUGCAUUUUCGUGCUGCGUAGGAGGUUCAACUGGUGUCGAACGGAUGUAAUCCACUCGUCAUUUAGGCCUUAAUUGGGGAAAACAUGAAGCGCCUGACGGAGCGUGUGCAUCACGAGGAGGUUGCAGAGUCCGAGGAGGUGGUUUGGGUGAAGCGGGAUGACGCCCGCUCCGAUAGCAAGCUGCCCAUCGUCUACUCCAGGGAGUAUGCAGUGCGGUUCGCUGGCCUUGAACGCCUGCACCCCUUUGAUGCGGCCAAGGGCAAGCACAUACAGCAGUUCCUGUGCGCCGAGCUCCAGCUGGACGACGGUAGCUUCUACGAGCCCAAGGAGCUGAGCAAGGACCAGCUCCGCCGCAUACACACUAGGGACUAUCUGAAAUCGCUCAAAUGGAGCAUGAAUGUGGCCUGCAUUGCCGAGGUUCCGAUCAUGGCCUUCGUUCCCAAUCGCUACAUCCAGCGGGCCUAUCUCCGACCGAUGCGUUUUCAGGCGGCCGGUUCAAUUCUCGCCGGCAAGUUGGCCCUAGACUACGGAUGGGCCAUCAACCUCGGCGGCGGAUUUCAUCACUGCUGCUCGACCAGAGGUGGCGGAUUCUGUCCUUAUGCAGAUAUCUCUCUCCUCAUCGUCCGGCUGUUCGAACAAGAACCAUUCCGGGUGCGCCGCAUCAUGAUUGUUGACCUGGACGCUCAUCAGGGCAACGGGCACGAGCGUGACUUUUGCAACGUGGCCGCCGUCUACAUUCUGGACAUGUACAACGCGUUCGUCUAUCCGCGGGACCAUGUAGCCAAGGAGAGCAUUCGCUGUGCGGUGGAGUUGCGCAACCACACAGAGGAUGCUUACUACCUGAGACAGCUGCGACGCUGUUUAAUGCAGUCAUUGGGCGAGUUCCGUCCGGAUGUUGUCGUCUAUAAUGCGGGCACCGAUGUGCUCAAGGGAGAUCCUCUUGGUAACUUGGCCAUCUCGGCGGAGGGGGUCAUGGAGCGGGAUAGGUUGGUAUUUAGCAAGUUCCGGGCGUUGCGAAUACCAGUGGUCAUGCUACUUAGUGGCGGCUAUUUGAAACAAUCCGCAGGCGUUAUAGCCGACUCCAUUGUCAAUUUGCGUCAACAGGGUUUGUUAACCUAAAUUUUUGAGCCGGAUUUUGUAUUGUACCAAAGUAGUACAAAGCUUCGAAUUACUGGAGUAAAGAUGGACUUGUGUAACCGACAGCUGUGAAUGGAAAACUGUACGCAUAUAUGGCAGUGAAAUACAUGGUUUACACCUUAUCAAAAUUUAUUAAACAUAUAUAUGUAUAA